AUGAACUCAAAUGAUCCAUUAUCGGCAGCAGGGAUGGGAGCGACAGCAGGAUUGCAAUUACUUUUACCAACCUAUGAUGUUUACGACCCAAACUCUCAUUUAACAUCAACAUCGGUAGCAACAACUUCUAAUGCUGCAGGCACAUCACCUGUUAGUGCAGAAGUGGACGGCUUGCCGGAUGAAGGUGGGAAGUACGAUCUUGAUACUGUGUCGGUUUUCGUCGCGAAACUCUAUCAACUGCUGGAUAGCGACGAAUACAAAGAAUAUCUUACGUGGAAUGAGACGGGUGACGUGUUUGUGAUAUGUAAUAUGGAUGAAUUUGCAGCCAACGUAUUACCAAAAUUUUUUAAGCAUUGUAAAUUUACGUCUUUUGUUAGGCAAUUGAAUAUUUAUGGAUUCUAUCGAGUAUCAGAUGCACGUAAAUCGAAACAUGUUCGUAGUAAACAUGCGUGUGUAUUUUCACACCCACAAUUCCGUCGUAAUCGACAAGACCUGUUAACGAACAUCAAACGCAAAGUAUCAAAACCGCAUAAAAAGAGAGUGAGACCAACCGAGUCAUCUUCAUCUUCAAUAGUGGGAAAUAACAAUAAUAGUAUGGCUACAUCUCCGGUGGACGGAUACGAAACAACAACGUCAACCAGUUUAAAACGUAGUUUUCCCGAUGACAAAUCGGACAACAAUAAUAGUAAUUUGACAUCACCCACCGAUGUUACUCUUAAUCGUUUUUUAGUACGUUCUUCUUCCGAUGCUGGAAAAGAUUACAUUCCAAGUGAUGGCGGCAGCAAUAAUAACAGUGAGGCGGAUUUGCUAAUGCACGACAAAAUUAUCGCGCUAACGGCCACCACCGAUAACCUACGUCAAGAAAUGAAAGACAUGCACAGUUUUGUUGCUGAUCGAUUACUCCCGGAAGUGAAACGUCUGGCUGAUGAUCUAAGCAAACAUCAGAAUCAUCUCGUGGCAUUAACUCAAUUGGUUACUGCUUCGUACCCCGAUGGGAACACUUUAUUGGAUAAUGCAUUACGUAAUUUUAGUAAUCAACAGGGAUUUUCAACGACUGAUUCGUCGGCAUCGUCUUCCACAAAUUACAUUAUUCAUCAAAGGAAACGUAUACGAACGGAUCCUGCAGCAACCAAUGUCGAUUUAACAACCGAAUCAGGAGCAACAAUAAAAAAUGAAAAUACAAUUGGAACCGCAUCAAUAUCUUAUAGUGGAUUAUACGCAAAUGGUUCUCAUUAUAACAAAAAUCAAAGUCAUCACACGCAUAGUCCGAUAACUUCAACUACUGUCCCAUCUUCUAUCAUAACAUCACCGUCUCAUCCGCAUCAUCCGCAUAAUUUUGGUGGUUUCGCCGGAUCAAUCAUGACCGCCGGAUCAACAUCUGCUGCUACUUCUGCAUCUACAGGUUUCAACGAUUCAUGGAAUACACCGACAACAGCAUCUACUGUAAUGAUACAAGAUCCUCUUAGUUCCAGUAGAGGAAACAGUCCUCAUAAUCAGUCACAUCAUCGAGAUAAUAUUAUUGGAGCUCCUUCACCUCAUUCACCUGAUGCUUCACCUCCAUCAGAGCACAAUUCACUAUCGAAUAUUUAUUCUCAAACUACAAUGUUACCAAUGAAUAGUCUGAAUAUGUACGGUGCACAUUUCGGAACUUAUUAA